AUGGGCAUGACAGCUUCGUUGGGUGCAGGAGUGCUUCUUACUGAGGAUGGCGGAAUGAAGACGAUUUACGAAUUGAUGGCAAACUUGGGUGCAACGGUUCUAGCGUCCGUGAGACAGCACGGUGACAUUCUAGCACUAUACGUACCGAAACCGGAUGACUUCACGAAGAAAGUAGAUCGACCGCAACUGCAAAAUUCACCGUUCCUCGCCGCGCUUAUUACUAUCAUGGAGAGGAUUCAACGUGAUGUCGAACCACAAUUGAAGAAGCUCACCGUUGACAAUGAAACUGGCUACAAGCUGACUAAGGUGCCAGACUUAUUCACGCGUUUAGAACUUUCCAACACAUUGACGACGAUGGCGGUCAAUGUUGAUCAACAGUUUUAA